UAUUAAUAGUGGUGGUAAAACAAAGGACCCCAUCAAUUGGAGUAAAACAUAAUGUUUUGAAGUUUUAGCUUUUUCCCCCAAUGAUAAGAUUUACUGUGCUCGAUACUUCAUUUGUAUGCAGAUCUAUUUUUAAACUUCUCUACAAUAUGUGAAAGCUCUUGAAAAGCUUAAUUAUUGGCUCAUGUUUGUUCAGGAGAAAAAGAUCUGCUACUUUUGGGGAUGUUCCAUGCUUCGAUGAACAUGAGUGAAAUGGUCUCCUACCAAGUUAAAGCUCGCACAAGAACCCGCAGUAUCCACACUGUCAGAAGUAUGAGGGUUUGUUCAAAGACCUUCCGUUUCCUUCAUGUCGUGAGCAAGAACAAGGUAAGUGCUGUGCAAAAAUGGUACAGGGAGCAAGGUCUUACUCCACGUCGUAAGAAGUCUGGAGGCCGAGUCGACUGUAUCAGAACUUUAAGUUACGAGGAUACUAAAAGAGUUUUUCAGUUCAUCCAAAAUUUUGCUGAGGAGCAUGCACUUCUUCUUCCUGGUCGUGUUUCUGGGUACAAGAGAUCGGAUCUUUGUCUGCUACCAUCAACCAACUCGAAAGCCAGCAUCUGGAGGAACUACUACAAGCCAGCUAUGGAAACAACAGGCUUCAGAGCAGCAGCACUGGCCACCUUCAAGAAGCUCUGGAAACAACUCUGUCCACGGAUUGUGUGUUGUCGACCAAUGACUGACCUCUGCUGGGAGUGCCAGAAGAACAACAACCUCAUCAACAGGACCGUCAACUGUGAAGAAGAAAAGAAGACCGCUACAUUGCAGAGGCAGGAGGCCCACCUUCAACACGUCAAAGAAGAGCGCACUUUGUACAAGAAGCAGGUUGCUGAUGCAAGAGUCGUCGUUGCGGAUGGAAGCUUAAAAUUAGGCCGAAACGACCCUUGCUCUAGGGAGUGCGUUAUGCAUUAUUCGUUUGAUUUUGCUCAACAGAUUCACUACCCUUCAAAUCCUCUCCAGCCCGGGCCUAUGUACUUCGUGGAUCUAAGAAAGUGUGGCAUCUUCGGAGUCUGCUGCGAGGGAGUUCCUCAACAAGUGAACUACCUCAUAGAUGAAGGGAUGACGUCGACGAAAGGGAGUAACGCUGUAAUCAGCUACUUGCAUCAUUUCUUUGAAAAUUAUGGACUUGGCGAAGAACAUCUCAGUCUGCACUGCGACAACUGUUCAGGACAGAACAAAAAUAGAUACAUGCUUUUCUAUCUUAUGUGGAGGACUCUGCAUGGACUUCACAAGGACAUCUCACUCAACUUCAUGGUGGCUGGUCACACCAAAUUCAGUCCGGAUUGGUGUUUUGGCCUUCUUAAGCAGAAAUAUCGCCGCACCCAAGUGUCAACCUUAGAAGAUAUAGCGCGCGUGACUGUCGAGAGUACAGCAACCCGUUUGAACAUGGCUCAACUAGUUGGCAGCGAGUCACAGGAAGUCUUUGUCCCAUCUUAUGACUGGCAAACAUUUCUUGGGGCGUACUUCAAGCCGAUCGAUGGUGAUGUCGGCAUCAAGAGUUUUCAGCAUUUCCGGUUUUCAUGCGAGGAACCUGGUGUCGUGUAUGCUUCAAAGAGACAGUCCGAUGAAGAAAAGAAAUUCAACCUCCUACGUUCACCCAAUACUCUACCACCUGUAGAACUUCCAGAGGAGCUUACACCCCCAGGACUUGACGCAGAACGUCAGUGGUACUUAUUUGAUGAAGUUAGAGAGUUCUGCAGUGAGAAAGGAGCAGAUAUAACCUGCCCUAGGCCCACAGUCCCCAAUCCUAAGAAGCUUGUUGCUGAAGAGAGUGACGUCGUCUUAGAGCAGAAAGUAAAACGACGAAAAUAGCCAACUUAAAUUUGCACUAAACUAGAUUUAGUUUGUGCUUUUAAUCCAGGAUUUUAAGUUUUUAUAAAACUAAAAAAAAACUUUAACGUGAAGGAUACCUUGGGUUCUAUGAACCCUCCAUUUUUAAACUCUAUACAAAUGUAGCUGUAUAAAAAGACAACUAACAUAUGAAAAAUUCAUCUCAAAAUGUUGGUCGCAUUUUUGAAAUAUUGCGAAAAUCUGGAGCAAACAUUUCAACGCAGGAAGAAUAAACCCUAAUUUAGGAAUACACAACCAGAUCAAAAUUUUGGUCCAUAAAACUGAUAUCUGAAAAACUGAAUAAUUUAUUUUGUGCAUGUUUCGAAAUGAUAAGACUCAAAAAAAGGCACACAGGUUAUGCGCGGGCAAGUGCGCUGUGCAUUGUUCAAGCGGUCUAUUUUCACAGGUAACUCUCUUUUGAUGAAAGCUCAUCCACUUUCAGUACCAAAACUGAUAUAUUUUUGCUUUGUACUAUUGCUACUAAUUUUAAAAGUGAUUACCAAUUUUAUAUACCUUUUCUUCAAGCAAAAAAAUUUACUCAUAUUGCUCACUAAAAUUAAAUCCAAACUCAUAAACUCAUAUACUCUGCCAAGUAGAAGUAAAAGCUUAGUCUAGCUUAAUGAUGCAGCUAAAGUUUUGUUAAUUUUUGUUUGUGGUAAUUUUGUCAGCGUAAUAAUUUAAUUGUCUUGAUGUUUUUGUUUCUUUAAUUUCAAACAGUUUUAAUCACUCGAACAGUAUUAAAACUCUUCAGCCAAUCUUCAGUAACUCAAAUUUGUUCACAAACUAGUGUCGCUUACAAAAAUUCUUCUACAAAAGGAAGGAGCUAUCCUUAAGAGUUGAAAAAUGUGGUCAACAAGAAACGAUGGGACCGGUAAGUGAAUUUUCACCUUAGUUUUUAAAAAUCUUUUUCUGAUGUUUUCAGGGCACAGAGGUCUGUUGGUUUAAUUUGAAUGUCUUACCAUUCUGGUAACAGCAUAAUGACUACUAGGUUGUAAAACUAUAGCACUGUUGCUAUUUUCAGUAUGAAUGCCAGCUUAAUGACAGUUUUCUGAGUUCCCUUGUUGGGAAGAUCAUCUCAUCUUAAAACUAAAUAAAAUGUUUUUAUUUUUUUAUUAUAACAAUAAAUGCAGCUGAAGAAAGAAAUUGUAAUUAAUUUGUUAAUUAUUUUAUUAAUUGUACUUUAGUGAGUCUUUUUUGAACAUUGUAUCUUGUUAUUAAAGGCAGUGGACACUAUUGGUAAUUUCUCAAAAUAAUUAUUAGCAUAAAACCUUACUUGGUGUCGAG